ACGUCUUUUAAAUAUGUUCUAUUGAAUGGUUUCUAGACUUAAAUUUCGCAUGCUCUCGGAAGGUAUUAGAACAUUGGUGUAGCAACACCUCCUUACUAGUGCACACGUACCUUACAAGGAAAAGAAAUCAAAGGAAGAUGUCUUACAAAUCUGAUCUUUUGCAUCGUGCUAUGGAAAAACAAGUGCUUAAGUUUGGCACUUUUACAUUGAAAUCUGGACGUCAAUCUCCUUAUUUCUUCAAUUCCGGAAAUUUUACUCAUGGGGCCGAUUUGAGUGCACUAGCAAACUCUUACGCAGAAACAAUUAUUUCUAUGAACAUUGAAUUUGAUGUUUUGUUUGGUCCUGCUUAUAAAGGAAUCUCUUUGGCCGCAAUAACUGCUGCCAAGUUAUACGAGAAGACCGGCAAGAGCUACGGUUUUGCAUAUAACAGAAAGGAGGCUAAAACCCAUGGAGAGGGUGGGAAUCUUGUUGGUGCGGAGAUGGAAAGACAGCGUGUUUUGCUCCUAGAUGAUGUGAUUACGGCUGGCACUGCUAUUCGCGAAGCCAUCUCCUUCUUGGAGCCCAAACACGUCCAGUUAGCUGGUAUUGUCCUUUUGUUGGAUAGACAGGAACGUGUAGACCCUGCUGUUAAUGAAAGUACGAUUGGAAAGUUGAAAGUUGAAUACAAGGUUCCUAUUUCGUCCAUUUUAACUUUGGAUGACAUUGUCGAGUUCACAAAGUCUGAACUAUCAAUCAAGGAGUCUGAUGCAAUGGACGCUUAUCGAGGAAAAUACCAAGCUAAGUAAAAGCGAAUGCAAACGAAACAGCUGAUGCUGUGUUCAACGACACUAACAACCGUAUGCAGGAGAUUGAGAAACAAAAAUUGACUCGAAUGCGCAUUUGUAUUUCUGUUUAUUUCUUGGAUUUUUGAAAAAAAAAAACAUUGUUGUUGACUAAUACCGGCAACCGCGGUGAAGAAUAACAAGUACAAUUGUGUGCAUUUAAUACUGAAACAAGAGUAUGCUAUCAAUUCACGUCGAAUGGACCUUGUGGAUGCUUGUAUUUUUACUAGACUACUUUCAAAAUUCGUUUUUGCUCUACUUAAAUAUGUAGUCACAGAAAACUCUCCUCUCGUGUUACAUUUUAUCUAAUAUGUUUUUGUGUUUAAGAAACAAAAAAGCGAAGACACAAUUGACUUGUUGGAGAAGUGAUUUUUGCUAUAAUGGUUAACAUAGAAUAACAAAAUGGAAAUAGUUUUUUAAAUAACCUCUCAGCAUGAUGAUGAGCUUGUAAUUCGUACUCUAAUGAUAAACAGAAUCUAGU